AUCUGGGUGAGAGCCACCUCACUCAAGCCUGACACCACUGACUUUUUGGGCACAGGGAUGAUGGUGGCGGUCUUGAGACAUGUCGGCACCACAGCUUGGGAGAGGGAGGUGUAAUAGAUGUCAGUCAGUACCCCAGUGAGUUAGUGAAUGCAGUCUCUCAGAACCCAUCCCGGGAUGUUAUCCGGGCUUGCUGCUUUGCGGGGGGUUGACUCUCAUCAGGGACCUCCUCACAUCCUCAGCAUUCACCCUGAGAGGCUGCUCACCUGGUGGAAGUGUGAACCUGCAACUGGGGGAGGUGAUGGACGCCUCAAAGCGAGCAUAAAAAGUGUUCAGGACAUCAGGAAGGGAUGGGUCCCUGGGGCAUGCAGCAUCUCUUUUGUGUGCCCUGUGAUGGCCUUGAUGCCUUUCCACAUGCUCUGGGGGUCAUUGGUGGACAAAUGACCUUGGAUUUUGAGAGCAUAAUUGGCUUUUGUUCUCUUAAUCCCAGCGUCCAGCUUCCUCUCAUGUCUCGUCUCAUGUUUCAGGUGGGCUGUUUAUGCACCAGGUGUUCCCAAAAAAACCCAAUAUGAUAAAGCCAAGGACUUGCCGAGGGAUGCCAAGGUCUCACUUGAAAGACCAUUGGGCAUUUUCCUCUCCAUUGAGGAGGCCAUUUCACAACUGGGUCGGGGUGAAGAGAAACAUCCUCACGUUCGCCUAUAUGUCUGCAUAGGGUCAGUCAAAGACUAUGUGAUGGAGCAUUGGCAUGACGACAGGUUCUUUGGUUAUCAGUUCCUGAACGGAUCGAACCCCGUACUCAUCGAACAGUGUAAAGAGAUUCCAGAAAAGUUCCCCGUUACAGAGCAAAUGGUCGGCCCCUCUCUUGGGUCAAAUACCAGUCUACAGCAGGAAGUCCAGAAAUACCGCCUGCACAUGACGACCAAGUCUGAGCUCGGGGACCUCCUGCUGGUGAAACUCUUCAAGGAGACGUUUGUGGUGGGAAAGGACGACUGGUACUGCAGUCGUGUGAUGGUGGAAACCACAAACAAACUGAUCUACCACUUUCCCUGCUACAGCUGGAUCACUGAUUCCACCCCGCUGGAGAUCAUUGAAGGAACUGCCCGGAAAAUAAACGAGUACAAAUCUCCAAUCUUGGAACAAUACCGGGUGGAUGAAAUGCGGAAGAGGCAAGAGGAAUAUCAGUGGGCUGUUCAUGCACCAGGUGUUCCCAAAAAAAUCCAAUAUGAUAAAGACAAUGACUUGCCGAGAGAUGCCAAGAUCCCAUUUGAAAGACCAAUGGGCAUUUUCCUCGCCAUUGAGGAGGCCAUUUCACAACUGGGUCGGGAUGAAGAGAAACAACCUCAGGUUCGCCUAUAUGGCUGCAUAGGGUCAGUCAAAGACUAUGUGAUGGAGCAUUGGCAGGACGACAGGUUCUUUGGUUAUCAGUUCCUGAACGGAUCGAACCCCGUACUCAUCGAACAGUGUAAAGAGAUUCCAGAAAAGUUCCCCGUUACAGAGCAAAUGGUCGGCCCCUCUCUUGGGUCAAAUACCAGUCUACAGCAGGAAGUCCAGAAAGGGAAUAUAUACCUUGUUGACUACGAGAUGCUGGAUGGAAUUAAAGCCAAUCCGGAAGCUGGCCAUGAAUAUCUUGGAGCACCAAUGUGUCUUCUGUAUGCAAAUCCAAUGAACCAACUACUCCCCAUUGCCAUCCAGAUCACCCAGCACCCUGGGCCGGAGAGCCCGAUAUUUCUCCCGAGCGACAGCCAGUGCGAUUGGUGUCUGGCCAAGAUGUGGGUCCGCAACGCUGACGUACAGGUUCACCAGCUGGUCUCACACUUGCUCAGGACACACCUGUUUGGUGAAAUCUUUGGCAUCGCAACUUUACGCAGGCUGGCAAGUGCACACCCGAUAUUCAAGCUUUUGAUGCCUCAUGUGAAAUAUACGUUGCACAUCAAUAUUGCAGCGAGGGAUCUCCUUAUCUCCGAAGGUGGCAUCUUUGAUCAGGCAUUCUCUUCCGGAGGGACUGCCACUGUGGAGAUCUUGCAGCGCGGUCUGGAGCGCGCUACCUACGAAUCCAUGUGUCUCCCUGACAAUCUGGCUGCUCGACGAGUGGAAAAGAUCCCCAAUUAUUACUUCAGAGAUGAUGCUCAGAAGAUCUGGCAGGCCAUCAACAAGUUUACAGAAAACAUCAUUCACCUUUACUAUGAGAACGAUGCAAGUGUCCAGAGUGAUACAGAACUUCAAGACUGGGUGAAGGAGAUCUUCACCGAAGGAUUAUUGGCCAAGCAAUCGUCAGGCUUCCCUUCAUCAUUCCACUCCAAGACCGAACUCAUCAAGUUCCUAACCAUGGUCAUCUUCACCUGUUCCGGACAGCACUCUUCAGUAAACGCUGGACAGUAUGACUGGGCCUUCUGUGUACAAAACUACCCGUCCAUGAUGGGGAAGCCGGCACCGACCAAAAAGGACCAAGUCACCGAAGCAGAUAUUGCCGACACUUUCCCCAAGGGAAUUAAAAAAAUAAAAGUGAUUACAGCCACCUAUCUGCUCAGUCAACCAGCCCCCAUUAACACCAAGCUGGGCACGUACGUGGAGGAGCGCUUCACUGAGCUGGUGGCAAGAGCGCACAUCACAGACUUCCAGAAAGCCCUGCUGCAGAUCGAGCAGGAGAUUACAAAGAGGAACCAGGACCUUUCUCCGGCCUACACCUAUCUCCUGCCCAGUUUGAUCGACAAUAGUGUGGCAGUCUAACCACGACAUUGCACCGUCAUCAAACUGAUUCACGCUUUGCGUCAAGAUUAAAAUUAUAACUGCAAAACUUUCAUUGCCAAUUUAAACUAGCCAAUCUCUCCCGCCCUCUGAUCCUCACCGCACACACUGUAGUGGCAGAUUUUUUAAAUCUUUCAGGAAAUUAACUACCUCGCCUCUAAUUGGGUGAGACGGGAUAAGGGGAAUAUCUUCGGUACGCAUGCAAGCUGCCUCAGAGAUUCUCCUUUCAUAAAGCUUCAGCACACAGUCUUUUAAUGAAUAUUUUCUUUAUGGUAGAUAUAAAACAGUAAGAUACAUCCAAGGUUUUUCCGACUUGUUCCGGCAAUCUUCUUCGAACUCCAGCUCAUUACUUCAGAUACUAGUAAACUACACGCGUCUCCAUGCUUCACAUGAUCUUGACAUGUGGCUCGACAUGCUCAACCUGUGGCUUGGCCACCUCGCUCAGAGCCCCCCUCCGCCACAUGUGUGCCGAGGAUUUUUCCCGUCGAUGAAAAAUGACAGAGAUAUUAAUGGUUUUACAAAAUUCACCAUUCUCUCUGCUGCCCCUGCUGGAGGGAGGGGGAGGGACCAUAAACCAGGAAGUGGUGUGCCUCAAUUAGUCUCUGCAAGAUGGAGCUCUGUCCAUUAGUCUCUGUCAUUCUGAGCUGUGAAUGACACUGAACAAAUGUGUACAUCACUUUGAGUACCCUUAAUGUGGUUUGAAAAUGAAUAUAUGGUUAGUUUGAAGUAAAAAAACCACUGCCUGCGAAUGGUUGUUUGGGUUGAAGUAAUAAGGCUCUCUCUCUCUUACACAUCCUCUCUCCUCCCCUCUCACCUCUCCCUCCUCUCUCCUCUCCACUCCACCUACUCUCCUCCCCCUCCAUCC